AUGGUCGAUCCAAUUGAAGAACAACGUUUACGUACAAUUCAACGUGAAUAUUUAGAUUUUCUUGAUGAUGGUGAAGAUGAAGGUGUCUAUCAAGAUAAAUUAAAAAUGUUAAUAGCAAAUGAUGAAUCACGUUUAAUUAUAAAUAUAAAUGAUUUACGUCGAAAAAAUCCACGACGAACAAAAGCUUUACAAGAAAAUGCUUUUGAAGAAAUCAUGUGUUUUCAACGUGCACUUCGUGAACUUAUUUCAGCAACAGAUGCAAUCUAUGCUAAACAAUUUGAAGAAUUUUAUAUUGGACUUGAAGGAAGUUUUGGUGGUUUUCAUUUAUCACCACGUACAAUAAAUUCUUCAUAUAUUGGAAAAAUAGUUUGUGUUGAAGGCAUUGUAAAUAAAUGUUCAUUAAUUCGACCAAAAGUAACUCGAAGUGUUCAUUUUUGUCCAACAACAAAGAAAUUUAUGGAACGUCGAUAUGCUGAUAUGACAUCCUUGGAAGCAUUUCCAACAUCAUCAGUUUAUCCAACUAAAGAUGAAGAUGGAAAUUUAUUAGAAACAGAAUAUGGUCUAUCGAGUUAUAAAGAUCAUCAAACAUUUGUUAUACAAGAAAUUCCAGAAAAAGCUCCAACAGGUCAAUUACCACGUUCAAUUGAUGUUAUUGCUGAUGCUGAUCUUGUUGAUCAAUGCAAGCCCGGUGAUCGUGUACAAGUUGUUGGUGUAUAUCGAUGUUUACCGGGUAAAAAAAAUGGUUUUACAAAUGUAUCUUUUCGAACGGUAUUGAUUGCAAAUAAUGUACGAUUGAUGAGUAAAGAAAUGGAACCAAAAGUAUCGAUUAAUGAUUUGAAAAAAAUUCGUUCAUUUAGUCGACAACGUAAUAUUGAUGUCUUUGAAACAUUGGCUCGUUCUAUUGCUCCAUCUAUCUAUGGUCAUGAAUAUAUAAAACGAGCUAUUUUAUGUAUGUUAUUAGGUGGUACAGAAAAAGUACUUCCAAAUGGCACACGUCUUCGAGGUGAUAUUAACAUUUUAUUAAUUGGUGAUCCAUCAGUUGCUAAAUCUCAAUUACUUCGUUACGUUUUACAUACAGCACCACGAGCUAUACCAACGACUGGUCGUGGUUCAUCAGGUGUUGGUUUAACAGCUGCCGUUACUGCAGAUGCUGAAACUGGUGAUCGUCGUCUUGAAGCUGGUGCUAUGGUUUUAGCUGAUCGAGGAAUUGUAUGCAUUGAUGAAUUUGAUAAAAUGUCAGAUAUUGAUCGAACAGCAAUACAUGAAGUUAUGGAACAAGGUCGAGUUACUAUUGCUAAAGCUGGUAUACAUGCUCAAUUAAAUGCACGAUGUAGUGUACUUGCUGCUGCAAAUCCUGUUUAUGGACGUUAUGAUCAAUAUAAAACACCAAUGGAAAAUAUUGGUUUACAAGAUUCAUUAUUAUCUCGUUUCGAUCUUAUUUUUGUUAUACUUGAUAAUUGUGAUAUGGAACAAGAUAAUAUUAUUGCUGAUCAUGUUCUUCGAAUGCAUCGAUAUCGACCACCAAAUGAAGCCGAUGGUGAAGUACUUCCAUUUACAUCAGAAGUUGAUGCUUUAACAACUGAACAAGCAAAUGAUGCUGAAAAAGAUGUUGAAGAUGAUAUUCAAGUAUAUGAUAAAUAUGAUGCUGUUCUUCAUGGUCCUUAUUAUUCAAAAAAAACGAAAUUUAUCAAUUUACGAUUUAUGAAAAAAUAUAUUCAUUUUGCUAAAGCACUUAAACCACAAUUAACGAAAGAAGCAGCUGAUAUAAUUGUUGAAGAAUAUACACGUUUACGUAAUCAAGAUUUAUCUCAAACAGAUAAUCAAGCUCGAACACAACCAAUAACAGCUCGAGCAUUAGAAAGUAUGAUACGUUUAGCAACUGCACAUGCUAAAUGUCGUAUGUCAAAAACCGUCGAUCCCGAAGAUAGUGAAGUAGCUAUUGAUCUUGUUCAAUUUGCUAUCUUUAAAAAAGUAUUAGAAAAAAACAAACGUAAGAAAGAUACAAAUAAAGGACAAACACAUGAGGAUGAUGAAGAAUUAGAAGAAGAUAAAGAAAAUGAUGAAGGUGAUAUGGAUACCGAACAAUCGACUUCACAACCAGCUACACCUAAAAGACGUCGUCAAUCAUCAUCAACAGAUGCUCCUCAAAGUGAUAGUGGUAGUGCAACGAAACGACAACGACGUCCAAUACGAAAAGUAACUGGUGGUAUUGAUGAAAUUACACCAGUAGCAUCACAAAUAACAAUUGGUUCAGCUAGAUUAGAUGUAUUUAAAACACAUUUAUCAACAUUUAUUGAUCGACAACCAUCAGUAACAACUCAAGAAAUAUUUGAUUAUAUGAAAGAACAUGAUUCAACAUUUAAUGAAGAUGAAAUUCGAAUGGCUUUAGCAAAAAUGCAAGAUGAAAAUCAAAUUAUGUUAGCUGGUGAAAUUGUUAUUCGUAUUUAG